CGGAAUGAGUAUGAUCGGGAGAGGAGGAAGGCAGGGAGAGGGAGGUAGAUGGGGAGGUAGUUAUUGUUUGUAGGGAAGAUGGGAUGAGAUAUGUUUACAAUGGAUGGACAUUCUGUGCUUCCUACGAUUUCGUGAUCGACAUUGCAUACUUCGACGACACACUCUUGCAGUCCCGCUCAUACCAAGUUCCAUCCCACCACCCAACUUUCCCGACGUCGUACAAGGCUGCGGUACGUACCCCGGCAUGGCUGCCUCCUCCUCCACCUCACAAAAAUCCCCCCUAUCCACUCCCAUCCCUCCCACCUCCUCGCUCCAGCCCGCCGCCCCAUCCUAGUCGCAUCCCACCUCACCUUCCAUCGCCCAACCAACGUCCGACCUACAUCUCCCACUCCACACGCAUACUCGUUGCCAAGGCAACGAGGUAGGACGGUUGGGUGGUUGGGCGGUUGGAUGCACAGUGCGUGGGGCAGGCAUGAUACGACAGAUGCAGGAGGUCGGAAGGAGGGAGUACAGGGUGGGGUUUGUCACCGGUAAGCUAGGACUUGGGGGGAGGUGAG